CGGCAGGGCCAGGCAGGCAGGCAGUUCUAGUGGCGGCGCGCCGCUGGUUGAUACACGAUUAUGGUGCGGAAAUUUUCCGAUGCGGAAAUGUGAGAGUUUUCCCUCGAAAACGGGAGAAUCGGCAUCGGCUAGCGUGCGUCGUUGUUCAAUAAAUUAAAACCCGAGCGGAUCACGUAAUUUCGUCGUGAGUUUCUGUCAAGAUAAAUGUAAAACAGAAUGACACUCGUGGUAUAGAAAGAAGAUCACCGUCUCGAUCUCGUGUGUGUACCCAGCCAGUCACGACAUGGCGGGUUUUCGAGACGAGGACAAAGCUCUAUUUCCUAUUCAGAGCAUCUCCUCGAUCGUGAGCAUCUUCCAAAAUCAGUUGGAAAACAGCUCGGAACCGGACCUGGCUUUACUCUCGAUCCUCGUCGGCGCGGUGGAGAACUCCCUAACCUGUAACCGGACAUUUGCGUCGCAGGAGAACACUGUUUACGAUGAGCCGAAACUGCCGGCCGUCGAGUUUCACAUCGCCGAGGCCCUUUACACGAAAUUUCACGCCGUGAUCAAGGGCGCGGUCGACCUCACCGUUUACGACACCAAAUACGCGACCAGAGAGCUCGUCAAGAAAGUUUCCGACGUGAUAUGGAACUCUCUCACCAGAAGCUACUACAAAGAUCGCGCUCACUUACAAAGUCUCUACAGCUACCUCACAGCGAACAAACUGGAUUGCUUCGGCGUGGCCUUCGCCGUGGUCGCCGGGUGCCAAGUGUUGGGAUUUAAAGACGUGCAUCUCGCUAUGUCCGAAGACCACGCUUGGGUCGUGUACGGAGAAAACGGAACUGAAACCGCGGAAGUUACUUGGCACGGAAAGGGAAACGAGGAUAAACGUGGUCAGCCUGUCGAGCCUGGAGUAGCAUCCCGUUCAUGGUUGUACGUGAACGGACAAGCUGUUGUCUGUACUAGAGCCAUGGAAGUCGCUACUAUUGUAUCUGCUAUAAACCCCAGCUUAAGCGCAACAGCAGAUGCCGCAGAAGUAGCUUUACUCCAACAGGAGCUACUGUGGCUGUUAUACGAUUUAGGCCAUCUUGCUAAAUAUCCGAUGGCGCUUGGUAAUCUUGGAGAUCUCGAGGAAGCGGCACCUACUCCGGGUAGACCACCUGCGAUAGAUCUAUUUCAAGAGGCCAUACGAUCGGCGAGAAAAUAUUACGGGAACGCUCACGUGUACCCGUACACCUACCAGGGCGGUUAUUUGUACAGACACGGUUUACAUGCCAACGCGUUGGCAUCGUGGGCGGACGGAGCAGAUGUUCUGAGAAAGUAUGACUAUACGAGAGAUGACGGAGAGAUAUAUAAAGAAUUGUUAGAGAUAGCUAACGAAUUGAUACCGCACACGGUGCGAGCGGACGAACGUUUGUUGAAGCAGUCUCGUUGUUUCGCCUAUUUGUUGAGGUUUUAUGACGGCAUUUGCCAGUGGGAGGAGGGAGCGAACACGCCCGUCUUACACAUAGGAUGGGCACGACCGUUGGUAAACACCAUUUCAAAAUUCGACGCCAGUAUUCGCGCUCAAGUGAUCAUCGAUUGUUACGAUGCGGACUCGAAGCAAGAAGAGGAAAAAUCACAUAAAAGAGAAACAAGUCCGGAAGAAGCAUUAAAUAAUAAUAAUAACAAUAAUUACUGUAAAACUAAAGAAAGGGGUAACGCGGCGCGCGACCUGAUCAAGAGUUUGGAGUCGAAAGUUCCUCCGAACCCGGCACCUAUGCAUCCGAGUAUUCAGGCGUUGACGGCCGCGUGCAGCGAGAAGAUACUUAACAGAGAUUAUUUGUUACAAGGCGGCGGGGAACCGUUUGUUGCACCACCGGAUGGAGCUUUGCCUCCUGCACCUUCGACGUCUCAGGAGAACCUCGAUCCCGAAGUAGAGACUGACUCCGAGCACGAGAGACCGAGAAUAACGCUGUACAGUCACAAGAUGAAGGGUCUGAAGGAUUUGCUGUUGGCUGAGAAGUUGAACACGCACGCGAUUUCGUUGCAGCUGACCGCACAGAGCCAGGUACAAAUUGGUAAAAAGUCUCGCGGUACCGAUGACAUCGGAGUCAAUCAACGUCCCAAGAGGACGCGUCGCGAAUAGUACAAGAGUUUUGACCGACGCUUCGGUAUCGUAAAGUAUUGAAUUAACAGUCGCAGUGCCACUGGAUAAAUUUUUCUGAAUGGGGUCCGUGGCACGCGCAUACGCGAUUCGAAUCUCAAUUUUCCCCUCAUGGUUUCUUUCCGUUCGCGAUACGAAUUUGAUUUUUUUUCAUCCGAGCUUGUCACGCUUCGCAUUUUUCCGUUCUUUUCGAUGAUUCUCAUGCAUGCUCGUUUCGCGAAAUGAUUCCUGAUCGUUCUGCUGUCGUGCGAAUCUUUACGUGACAAGAAUACGGUCGCGUUCCCGUUGUUAAGUAUAAAUAACGAUUAGACGCGAAAAUGUUUGUAUAAAAGUACAAAAAUAUUAUCACCCACUUUUACUUUAAACGUCUCGAAAUCGUGAACGCGUUUCGUGUUUUCACGAGUAAAAGUCUUCUCUUCAGCAGUGGAUUAUGUAAGUUAUGAAUUAUAUAUAUUAUAAUACGGAUCGGUAGGGAAAUGAUGGGGUUGAGAAGGGAUAGUGAAACGAAUCGAACUAAGUACCUAAUGUAUUUUCGCGAGGAGACCAGAUUUUCAACAGUUAUUUAUUCUACUCGACGAUCGGACAUGGUCGUCAAGCGAAUCGAUCAGUCUCGAUCUCGCUUUUUAUCCUAUUUCUAACUCUUGUUGCACUCUUAUUUAUUGACUCACGCGUUUUUUUAUCGAACUGUCGCACUUCGAAUUACAAUUAACAAGUUGUCGUUAACGUUUUUUACAUUACACGAUAGUUAAACUUUUGUUAGAUAUACGCUUUUAACGAUCUAGUAAGAGAGACCACACAUUCCACUCCGUACGCGCGUGGUGCAAACUAAUUAAGUUUUUACCUAAGGUAUUUUAAGCAUACAAAUGCUCGCUUAUUUUUAUAACUAUUUAUUUUUUCGAAGUAGCCGUAAGUACUAUCUGUUUUUUUAGAACUGUAUCCUCUUUCGUCGCUCGAUAGGUAGAACAGAGAUCGAACGUAGUGACAGUCCACCGAAACUUACUAUUAGUAGACAGUAUUGGACGGUGCACGUUUCUGUAUGAUGUGUGUCACAGUAUGCGAGAUGAUAGCUCGUUAAGUUUCGACCACUGGAACGAAAAACUGUACGUAUACAUUACAUUUACGUACUGAGUUCCUCGACGUUUUCGCGCAGCGUCGCGCGAACGUACAAAAUACAUAAUAUGUAACUUCUUUCUUCCGAGAUACGUAACGUAUAAGCACGCGCCACCGUUCAUUUGCAUACGCAUCAGGGCUUUAACGACGAGGCAUUAAUGACUGGUUUCUCUUCUACACCUGCAUGCCGUACGCGUUUUCAUCUUGCUUUUAAUUGCGGUUCCUUUCUUCUGUAUCGCGUUGCUUUUAUCCGCUUCGUUUCGACUCUGACAGUAGUAUUUCGCAAAGUUAUCGAUACGCGCCGGCAUCGGACCGGCUUUUACAAUUUUUACUUGUUCGACACGUACGUCCUCGCCUACGAGUCUAUUACCGCGGGUGCGCGGUACGCGGCGAGAUGCAUCGAUACUGAUGCUAAAGGGAAUUAUCCAAGAGUGUUUAGACGGGUUGUUGUAGAAUAUAUUGUUGACAGGAAUGAAUAUAAAUAGUCCGAGCUGAUCGACGAUCACUUAAAUGAAUGAAGGGCGCUAUCUUACUGUGAUGCUGAAUAUAUACUAUACAUAAAUCUAUAUAUAUAUAUAUAUAUAUACAUACAUGAUUAUACAGUUAAUAAUCGUAGUGAAUAAACGAAUGGCUUGCGUCGAUAGGAUUUUAUGAGGGACGUUUAUCGCUCCGUGUAGCUGUAUUGUAAUUAUUUAAACCGCUACAGGAACGAGUAAAGGGAGAGAGAGAACGAGAGCGAAAGGAAAGGAGUGUGUGAAAGACAGAGGAAAAAGAAAACGAUAAACGUGGAUAUAAAGUAACAGUUCGUCUUGCCCGUAUCGUUCGCAUAUCACGUCUUCUAUAACGUUUUUAUAAAUACCGACGAUUCAUCGUCGACGUAUUUCUCUCCCCUGGAUAUGCGGCACGUUACGGCAUCGCGGCGACCUACUUCUUUGCGAAAAUUGUAUCGUCGCGUUUCUCCCCGCGUUUGUCACGAGACAGGGCAAAUCGUGUGAAGGAGAGUAAACACGCGCGUUUAUGUAUAAUGUAUACGUAGUCCUCGCACGCUCGUACGAGGCUGAUUUUUACCAUCGCAUGUACUAUUUUCCAAGUAGGGAUAAGAAUCAGCUUCCUGAUUGAAUCGAUUCAAUUUCUAUUUACGUUUUCAAACGUUGCGAAGUGUCAUCGUGUCAUUUUACGUGUUGUCGUUGGCGUUUGCGAAAUAUUUUGUUGGGGAACAGAAGCGAGUCGAAAAGAGAAAUUGCAGAACGGAACGGUUGUCAGAGGAAAACUCUCACGUUUCAUUCACAGUUAGACCAUGCGGUAAUCAGUAUUUUCUUUCUUUUUCAUCAGUUCUUUUUUUCCUCGUUUUCUCGAAAGCGACGAAGGAGCGUUUUAAAAGACUACAGGGAUAAUUAUGCGUAAAACUAAUAAGAGUAGUAGGAGAUGAAAUGGUGCAACAGAACAGUAUUUUUGUAUUAGCUAUGGUAUGCGCAGAGGUGUGCAUCUCUUUAUCUUCGAAAUAUUAUUCGUAAUGUUCGAACGUUUAGGGAUCAAAGUUUGCAAUAUCCGUUUCGGUGUCACGGUAACGGUCAUCGCGUGUUCGAAGCAAGUAAUAAUACUUUACGCGGAAGACGGAAGGGAGAGGACAGCGGCGAAAUUUAGGAUGCUUCGCGUACCGAACAACGUUCCGCCUCUGUCCGCGUUUCGUCCUUCCGGUACAUUUUCCAUGAAUUUUCCCUCCGCUUCAAUACAUAUUCGAACAAUUCAACUCUUCUCUCUGCUUUCUUAGGACAAUUAUUAUUAACACGACCUCACGUUUCUCUGCAAAGCGAUACCUAGUGCCAUAUGACGAUGAAUUAUGGUCUCGAAGACCGUUCUCCUCGUCGUCGAGUAUAUCCGCUUUUACCAACGAGUUCACAAACAAGUAGAUAGGAAGGGAGGGAAAAACGUGGAAGGUGUUACGCGAAACGAAGUCGGCUCUUAAACGCGAGAUCGUUAAAUUGAACUAAUCGCAUAUGCAUACGUUCUCAUGUACUUAAACGAACAAAUCGGUGGAUCUUAUCGAUCCCGGUAGCGAACACUGGUUCUCUCAUCGUCUCUGAAAGCGUUUGCGACGCGUUUCAUCGAUCGGGAGCUACUAUUGAUGCUGAAGAAUGCGUGCGUCCGUGUAUGUGGGUGCGUGAGAUUUGUAGUGAGAUUUCAAGUUGUGCCUGUUAAGUGCUCGAACGCGUCGCGUAUCCAAGCGCAUCGACGAAUUUAAAGAGAACUCGAUAUAAAAAUGUAUAGAGACGUCGCGACUCGUCGCUUCGUCGUGCGAUGAUCGUUGCACCUUUUCACACGCAUAGACGCACGGUAACGUAUUAUCGUGCGAUGAUCGCAGUUUUAAGGUUUUCCCCUCCUCCCUCAGACAGACGGGUAUUCCGAUAUGAAUCAUAGAUAUGCAUGUAUAUACAUACAUAUUAAAGAAACUAAAUAAAACAGAAUCUGUUACAGGCUCUUUAAAAGAGCGGAGUAUCGUAAAAAGAAUUUUACCGUAGUUUAUAUGGUCGAAUAUUCUGUAUCGUUCACCUCGACGUUCUACAUAACAUUCACCAGAUAGAAAUGCGCGCGUGUGCGCGUUUACGUUGGUCCCGACGCGACGCAGGAAAGAGUGUGUAACCGCUGCUAUUGUUAAUCGAUACAGGACAGUGAGUUUUCAGACAUCCUGGAAAUGUCUUGUUUUUUUUCUGUGGAUUACAAUAAACUAUUUUAUUCUAGG